AUGAUUACUAGACUUAUAGUGACAUAUUUUUUGAUAGUAUACAGCCGAGCAGUUUAUGCUCUAGUACCACUUGUUUCUCGAUAUAAUGAAACAGAGGCUAAGAUUCUGCUCAAUCUUACUGCUGGUGCUUAUUCCACUGAUCCGGAGAAAUGUGUCAACAACACAUUACCCAAAUGGCAGAAAUGGUUGAUAUCCAAUACAGAGAGCAUGAUAUGCGAUGCAUUCCAGAAUUUCUGUUCACUGUAUAUAAUAAGAUCGGAUGUUAUGAAAGAAAUAAUAAUUGUGUUUCGAGGUACGACGACAACUAAGCAAUUAAUUGUCGAAGGAUGGCAGUCGAUGAGAUCCAAAAAAAAUUUCUUUAAUAUUGGGAUGGUCAAUCGAUAUUUCUUACAAGCACUUGACAAAACCUGGCCAAAUAUAGAGCCAGUUCUCAUGAAUCCUCUGUUCAAGUCAUAUGAAGUUAAAUUCACUGGUCAUUCUCUAGGAGGAGCAAUAGCAUCAUUGGCAGCAACUCGUACUGUAAUCCAAAGAUUACGAACUGGCAAUAAAAUUAAACUUAUUACAUUUGGUGAACCACGAACUGGCGACUAUCAAUUUGCAGUGUAUCACAACGCUCAUAUCUCGUUCAGCUUUCGGAUCGUCCAUCACUUAGAUUUAGUACCACAUUUACCACCGUGUGAGAAAGAUGCAAACUAUCGGGAUAAAAAAAACGGCAAAAGUAAACCUUGUUUAACUGGAAAGAUUGGCUCGCCAUACCAUCAUGGAAUUGAAAUCUGGUACCCAUACGGAAUGGCUAAAGAUGCGAUGUUCUACGAAUGCUUAGGUUAUCCGAAAAGUGAAGACUUCCGUUGUAGCAAUAGUUUAACAUAUGACUUCAAGAAUUACAAUGCCUAUGUCAAUGAUCAUCGGCAUUACUUCGAUGUUGAUGUUAGUUCUCCAUUUCAUGGAUCAUUCUUCGAAGAAAACUUACUUUUCAUUUAG